ACUCAUGAGCAGAGGCGCGACCCUGCAGCGCCGGACGACCUACCUGAUCUCCCUGACCCUUGUCAAGCUCGAAUCUGUGCAGCAGCUGCAGCAAGGGCAGCAGCAGGACGACGAGAAGGCGGGGGUGGGCGAUGGAGGAGCCCGCCAGCCUGACAGCAGCGGCGGCGGCCAGCUCCGAGCCCCCAGCCCAUCGGUCCCGCCGGCGGCUGCGGAGCUCUCCGGGCUGAAGGGCUGCAAAGAAGCCGAGGAGGCGGCCAAGCUCAAGAGGCAGGAGCGGAUCUUCCACCGGCAGGACGCGCUCUGGAUCAGCACCAGCAGCGCCAGCACUCCUGACUACCUGCAGCAGCUGUCGCCCAGCAGCCCUGGGACGCCUGCUCCUUCCCUCUCCCCAAAUGGCACCGGGCAGGUGGGCACCCUGUGGGCAUCGCCCAGCAGCAGCCACGGCAGUCCUUGGGAUCCAAAGGCCGGGUCCAUGGCAGGCCCCAAGGCCAAAGCCUCCAUGAGCCCAGAAGCACCAGCGGUGGCCCCCAAGCCUGAAGCCCUGGGGCCCUUGAUAGCUCCAGCUGUGCCCCCUAAACCUGAGCAGUCGGUGUCAUUGGUUGCGCCAGCGGUGCCCCCCAAGCCUGAGGUAGUGGUGGCCCCCAAGCCAGAGCCAGUUGUACCCCGCAAGCCUGAGCCAACGGUGUCCUCUGUUGUCCCCAAACCUGAGCCUGCUGUUCCCUCUCUCGCUCCAACUCUCCCCCCGAAACCUGAACUUGCUGUGGCUGCCAUCUUUCCCAAACCUGAGGCCGUCGCUGUUUCCUCCAUCUCUCCAGCUGUGACCCCCAAGCCUGAAGUCACUGUGGUCCCAGUAGCCCCAGCGGUUGCCCCAAAGCCAAAAGCCAUUCUGGUCCCGGUCCUUCCCAUCCUGCUGCCCAAGUCAGAAGUGACUCCAGUCCUGAAGGCUGGGCUGAAGGAGACCUUGGAGGUGCCUGGAGACGAGCUGCCGGGGCCACCCCCCACCACGGCCAGCUGCUCCUCCAGUGCCGCUGCCCCAGGGCGCCGGAUGUUGGUGAGCCAUGCCAGCUGGGGUGGCCCUGAGCCCACGGAGAUCAGUGUGAGCCGAGUGGGGGGCUCUUCUUUCUCGCACUCAGGAGCCUCCUCGCCUCACCCGGCGGCCGGGAACCGCCGUCUUCGCUUGGCCACCAAUAAGCCUUUCAAGACGGUGACCACCAGUGGGGCCAAGGUGGGCGCCGAGCCUAAGGCAGGCAAGGGGGCCCACAAAGGCGGCACUCCCAACCGGCUGUCGUGGCCAGAGAGUGAAGUCAAGGGCCGCAUGAAGGUAGCCGUCAAGGGCAGUGGGGAGACGGUCCCCAGAGGGGGGACCAGGGCCAAGCUCUCCCCUCACAAAAACAAAAGCAAGACUCUGGACAACAGUGACCUCAACCAUGGCCCAGCCAGCCUGGCUUCCUCUGGUUCCUGCUCCUCAGAGGCAGCGGUGGGGCUGAAGAGAGGCCGGGAGGGUGGCCGGGCCUCUACCCGUGACCGUAAAAUGCUCAAGUUCAUCAGUGGCAUCUUCACCAAGAGUCCGGCUUCCACCCCCACCCACCCUGGACCUGGCUGGAGCCUUAGCCAUAAGGAGCUGCUCAGUGUUGAACUGGCCAAGGGAGAAUUGCCCAAAGCCGUUGCAAACAGCCAAGAAUGGACCCUCGGCCGCUCUGUUCCCGAGCUGCGACUGGGCAUCCUUGGGACCAUGAAGAGUGGGAAGUCAGCACUUGUUCAUCGCUACCUGACUGGCUCCUACUUGGGCCUAGAACCUGCAGAGGGAGGCCAGUUCAAGAAGGAGGUGGUGGUGGAUGGGCAGAGCCAUCUCUUGCUGAUUCGAGAGGAAGCUGGGCCUCCAGAUGCCAAGUUUGCAAAUUGGGCAGAUGCUGUGAUCUUUGUCUUCAGUCUGGAGAAUGAGGCCAGUUUUCAAGAGCUGUCUCGGUACUAUGGGCUCCUUACAAACUACCGCGCAGUCUCUGACAUGGCUCUCGCCCUUGUUGGCACUCAGGAUAAGAUCAGCGCCAGCAAUCCACGUGUGAUUGAGGAUUCUCGAGCCCGGACUCUGUGCACUGAUAUGCGCCGUUGCCUCUACUAUGAGACGUGCGCCACCUAUGGGCUUAAUGUUGACCGGGUCUUCAAUGAAGUUGCUCAGAAGAUUGUGAAUAUGAAGAAGCAGCAGCAGCUCCUGGCGUCCUGCAAAUCUUUGCCCAGCACGCCCAGCCAUUCGGCAGUCUCCACACCGGCUAGUAAUGGUGGCCACACGAGCGACUACUCCUCAUCCUUGCCUUCCACACCCAACAUCAGCCACCGGGAGCUGCGCAGCGAGGCCUCGGCUAUCAUUGGCACCCCAAGUUCCCUACACCGUGGGACCAAACGGAGGACCAGCCUUUUCACUAACCGCAGAGGGAGUGAUACGGAGAAGUGGAGCCUGGACAGCAGAGGUGGUGAUACUGGGAGUGGCCGAGCCAUACCCAUCAAACAGAGCUUUUUGCUGAAACGAAGUGGCAACUCUCUGAACAAGGAGUGGAAGAAAAAGUACGUGACUUUGUCCAGCAACGGGCUUCUCUUCUAUCAUCCCAGCAUUAAUGAUUAUAUCCACAGCACCCAUGGUAAAGAAAUGGACCUCCUCCGCACCACCGUCAAGGUGCCUGGCAAGCGCCCUCCGAGAGCCAUCUCAGCCUGUGGCGCCUCCUCGAGCAUCAAUGGCUUGGUUAAGGAUGUGAGCAGUGUUGGAGUUGGGGACACCAGCACUAGCCCCAGUCCAGGUCUGCUGAAUCCUCCAACUGAUCAAACGGUCAAGCUCUUGGGCAAACCCGACCGGACCCUGCAGCGGUCUGUCUCCUCCUCCAAGGCUGAGGUAGCCAUGGCUGCAGAAGGUCUUUCUAGUCCUGGCAGCAGUGGUAAAGACCCGCCUCCAUCUCCCAUGAUUGACAAAAAGAAACACAGACGGAAGAAACUCACAACACCUUCAAAAACGGAGGGGUCGGCAGGGCAGGCGGAAGCCAAGCGUAAAAUGUGGAAAUUAAAAACCUUUGGUAGUUUAAGAAAUAUUUAUAAAACAGAGGAGGAGAACUUUGAGUUCAUCAUUGUCUCCAGCACAGGCCAGACUUGGCACUUUGAAGCCAGCAGCUUCGAGGAGAGGGACUCCUGGGUUCAGGCCAUCGAGAGCCAGAUCUUGGCUAGCCUGCAAUGCUGUGAGAGCAGCAAGAACAAGGCUCGGAUGGACAGCCAGAGUGAAGCAGUGGCGAUCCAGGCCAUUCGUAACGCCAAAGGCAACUCCUUGUGUGUGGACUGUGGGGCGCUGAACCCAACGUGGGCCAGCCUGAACCUGGGGGCGCUGAUCUGUAUUGAGUGCUCUGGCAUCCACCGGAACCUGGGCACCCACCUGUCGCGGGUGCGCUCCCUUGACUUGGACGACUGGCCCCUGGAGCUCACGUUGGUACUCACCUCCAUCGGCAACGAAACAGCCAACAGCGUUUGGGAGAAGUGCACACAGGGACGCCGGAAACCCACCUGCGAGUCCUCAAGGGAAGAGCGGGAGUCAUGGAUUCGAGCAAAGUAUGAGCAGCGGCUGUUCCUGGCACCGUUACCCAGCUCUGAACUGUCCCUGGGCUGCCAGCUCUUCCAGGCCGUGCUGGACCAGGACCUGGGUGCUGUGCUACUGCUUCUGGCCCAUGGCUCCAAGGAGCAGAUCACGGCCCCCACUGGUGACAAGGACCGGCGCACGGCCCUGCACGUGGCAUGUGACCUGUCGCACGUGGUUAUCACCCAGCUUCUGGUCUGGUAUGGUGCUGACGUGAAGGCCCGCGAUGCCAUGGGGCACACAGCGCUCUUCUAUGCUCGCCGAUCAGGGAGCCAGGAAUGCAUUGACAUCCUCUUGCAACACGGUUGCCCAAAUGAAGGCUACAGCACUAUCGCCACCCCCGGCCUGCGCCGGAAAAGCAGCAGCGCCAGCGUGGGAAGGACUGAGGCCCGGACUGCCCUGGUGUAGCGUGCCAGGGGGAGCCUCUUCCCCAUCCCAGUGGUGCCAACAGGAGGGCAGUGACUGAGGCCUCCUCCCCUCAUGGAGACCCAGCUCCCCUCCGGCAUCUGGACUCCAUGCCGAGGAGCUUGGCUCAUGACUUCUUGUCAUGCACAGGAUGCGGUGGCUGCCACCCAGAGCCCUGCUUCAGUGGCUCUGCCUUGGCGCUGGCUACGGCCACCAGGACCACCUCAGUUGCUCACAACUUUCCCUACUGCCAGGCCCUGAGCUGCUCUGUUGGUCUCCAGAGCAACCGCCAUCUCUGCACCCAGGCCAUUGAAGCCUGCAGGGGACAGAGAGCACCGCUUCCCGACACGUGGAACGAAGGAUCAGGGCCCAGGACGGUUUUGUCUUCUUCCCAUUUGAUGGGGACUUCUGGGAAUGAGUGGGGCAAGCAGUACUGUGGGUUCUUUUUCUUUUCUUUCCCCUUUCCCCUUUUCCUUUCUGUGUUUGUAACCAGCUUUGAAGGUGGAAUGUAAUCAGUGUUGUUGGAGUGGUCAGCGACCCAGUCUCAACUAACCAGCUCUAAGCGGAGAUGAUGAGGGAGUGCCCCAGGGGGCCGGGCAGUCUGUGUGGCAAGGCAGCACUGGGGGCAAGCGGGGGAGGGAGCCUUCAGUGCCACUUCUGUGGCUUAAAGGAGCCCCCUUCCCCUCCUUUCGACAAGCAGUUUGCCUCCGUGUGCUGGGGGCUGGGCUGGGCUCAUCAAAUGGAACGGCGCUGCCGUUUGGAGCUAGAGACAUUUCCUCCUCGGCUCUCCCGCCUUCCAGAAGAAGGGGCGGAUACCUGGCUGGGAGAGGAGAUUCCUGCCGUAUGCCAUCCCCACCAUGAUGAGGGGAGGUGGGUGGAGCUUGUUAGGGAAGGGGGGAAGGAGCCCAGCAACCUGCGUUCGAGAGCCACUUCUGGUUCUGUCCGCAUUUGGGUUGGCUCCUCCCCGGCCUCUCAGCCUUUGGAGGGAGUGGCGGGAAGCUUGGAGUGCCCACCAUUAGUGCCAGCUGCCUGCUCUGAUAGGGAAAUGGAGACAGGCGCCCUGCUUGCUCCGCGAGUGCUUUGUUCUUAUCCCAAGGACAGGGGGGUCUGCCCCCUGUCUUGGGGGACAGUGAUCCCCACUGCUGUUUUGUGAGCCAUUUUGCUUUGACUACAGUGUUGUGAAGCUGUAGAACUGGGGCCUCUAGGAUAAGACACCGCCAUGCUCUCUGGGGCAAAGGAGGCAUUGUGUGUGCUAGGCCCAGACCAGGCCACAGAUCCAAACUGAUGAUCUUGCCCAUCCCUCAGGCAGACCGAGGAUCACCACCACCAGUCAACACCCAGACACACCCCUUAUCCAAACUGCACUGAAACACAUUCUUUCCUCCAAUCUCAGGCUCCUGGGCCCGACCCUUGCACUGAAAAAUAUAUAUAGAGAGAGAGAGAGAUGCUCCUUGGAAGGCUUAAUGGUACUGCCUCCUGUCUCCUUGUUCUUAGAAGUCUCUCACUCUUUCAGGAGACUGAGAGAGACAGCUAAAGGAUCAAGCAGCUGGCUCUCUUGCCUGUCCAGAAAGGGGGCACACAAACAUGGCAAGGCAGAUGCUGGGCCAUCUCUGAGAGCCUCGACAGAGCAGUGUCUUGUCUGGCGGCUGCGCACCCCCUGAAGCUAUGAACAGAGCGGCCAAGGAGCACCCUGACAAGCAACAAAGGCCCUGGUGUUUUAGAACAAGGCUUCUUUUCUAGAGGGAUCAUUUGUAAAAAGCCCCUUUUCACCCCACCCCACCCCCAAAGAUAUCCUUUUCUGAUUUCUUCUUCUGUUUUAAUUGAUUGCUUCAUUUUGAGAGCCAGAAGAUGCGGGGCGGGGGGCUUUCUCAUUUUCUCUCUGGUUUGGCAGCUCUCCUGGUGCAAGUGUUUACAGGCCUCGUGUCCAUCGCCGUGGAAGAGGCGUCCAUGUGGUUGUCAGAGUGAUGUGGUCUCAGGCUUUCUUUCAAAUCUGUGAUCAGGGUAAUGCAGUUAAUCCCCCUCCUCAAUAUGGGCAAACCUGGGCAGGGCGGGAGCAGCAGGUUAGGAGCAGCCACUUAGUGGCUGACUGGCCUGUGGUGCUGAGUUCAGAUCCAGCCUGCCUUUAUUCCUCAGGACUCUGGUUUGUACCCACUGGAGCUUAGCAUGUGGGCAAAGGGGACAAGCCCACCUAGGCCACAUUACCCACUGGCCCUCUCUGUCCUUCCGAAUCUGAACGAGCUCAUGAAUGUAUUGGCGAUCGUGUUGCACGAGCCUUCUACCCCGUAGCCAUGAGGUGGAGUUGGAAGAGCCUGGGGCCGUAGAGUCGCAGGGCCUGCCCUGGUGCCUGCCUCCGUGUAGAGUAAACAAAGCUGGGCCUGGUGCAGCAGGGAGGGGCUACCCUGUAUCUUGGUCUCAGCACUCCUUCCCUCCCUUCCUUUGGGCAGCACUGCCUUUUGAAGACCAGAGCCUGGGGUUGUAAGGGAUCUUGAGGACUGAAUGUAACUCAUGCUAUUGGGACCGGCAGUUUGGUGCAAGGUUCUGGGAGCUUGGAGAGCCUCUUGUGCACGCCCCAGAUACAGGGUGGGAUGUCACACCUCCCGGGAAGGGGGAGGUGGGGGGAGGUGGGAGGGGGACGCGGAGGUGCCAGAGCCGAUACCAUUGGCCCUGUGCAGCCAUUGUAAUCUCUUGGAUUGUAACUUGUAAGUAUGUGACAAUGUAAGAAGAUGUAAUAACAAUGACUGGUUAUUCCUUC